AUGAUGCAUGAAGAUGUUGAUGAUGAUGAAGAGGAAGUAAUACUUGAUCGCCGAACAUUAAUUCAUCCAGCGAACGACAUUCAUUCGUCGAGCAAUUCAGGACCCAUACUUCUUGGUGUCAAUCGAUUUAACAUCAAAGUCUACGAUGACCCGGUCAAACUACCUCAAGCCAAAGUUAUUCUUCUAGCAGCAACUUCCGUUGUGAUUGGCAUGUUCACCGGAUUACUAGGACCAACAUUUCCUUUUCUAUCACAACGUAUGCCAGCUGAUCUGUCCGCAGUCGUUUGGUUAAUUGCACUGAAAGCAAUCGGAUUUCUAAUCGGAACGAUUCUAAGUAGUUAUCUAUAUGUUUGGUUUAAUGUGUGUUGUUUACUCGGUCUCUCAUGCCUAGCAAUCAGUUUUGGUGUUUGUUCGCUUCCACUCAUCACUGAUCUAGCUACAUUUUACUUAACUUCGCUUUUACUUGGUAUUGGCCUAGCCAUAUCGUAUAAUGGUAUCGAUGUACUAUAUAAUCGUGUUUGGAGUCGGCCAUCAUUACCAUCUGUGCGAUGGUUGCAUCUAUUGGUAGCUGUUGGUGCUAUUCUAUCAACAGUGAUGUUGUUUCCGUCGACCAUUUCGAACGAUAACGAAAUCUCUUCGUCAACUUCAACAACCCUUACUCCAUCAUAUCGGCCUCGUCGAGAAGCUUUCAAUGAAAUAUCAUCCCUUCUUGCUUCCAUGAAACCAUUAGAUACUGAUAAUAAUAUUCAAAGCGUGAUGAAUGGAUCGAAUUUGAUGAAUCAAUCAGAUACUACAGAAGAAAGCUUGUCAACCAGAACGACUAGUGUACCAGAAAAAGUCAUUACAAAGCCAUCGAUUGUUGACUCAGCCAUACUGAAGCAGUCACACGUUGAUAAACCGACACCUGAAGUCGAUUCAUCAGGAACAAAGAAGACAUGUGUGAAAACAUUCUGUUGUUAUCAUCGUAAUGAUACUAAUCUUAAUGCAAGUCAACCGACCAACAAUAUUCUAUUUACGUGCAAAGAAAAAGAUGAUCAUCUGUCGAAGGAGUGCAACAAUAUUUUGUCAGUGUGUUCAGCGUCAUCAUCACAAAAAUGUGUGAUUGAAAACACGAAUAUCCGGUGUCGAAUCGAUCAAAUAUGUACAAACGACAAGAAUCUAGAAUGUUCAAUACCACUCAUCGAAACUGCGAUCAGUGCAAAUACAACAACAACAGUACUUACUACAUAUCCAUCAACUAUAGUAACAACUCCAUCUACAACAGUUACUACUACUUCAACAACUACGACUACAGCAACCACUACCACCACCCAAGCUAUCACCACUAUUCUCACAACAACCAGUACAACAACAACAUCUUCUCCGACGACAACGACAACAACAACAACAACAACAACCACAUCUCGUCGUAGCAAACCAUCUGUAGCUCAAUCAGAUAUCGAUGAUCUCUCGGAAAAUUUAUUCUACAAAAAACUCCGUUCAUUUUUUCAAUCGAUCACUUUAGUCCAUUUAAUUUAUUUAUUUGUUGCAUUUGCAUUUUUUCUUUUGGGAGUCUUCUACUCAACAUUAGCUAUGCGUGGCGAAGGAAUUCAAGCAUCCUCAUCGAAGCCCACUCGAUUGAAUCCUCUAGCAUUACUCCUCGGCAAUUCUCACCGCAUAACAACGAAUUCUCAAACCUACUUAUCCUUACUAUCCGAUCGGUCUUCAUUAAAAUUCGUCUUUCUUCUCCUUGCAUUCUAUUUCCUUAUGGCUGGUAUCGAAAGUUCCUGUACUUAUUUAACUUAUCUGCUUGGCAUUCAAUUAAAAUUUAGCAAACAUCAAAGUUUAUUGAUUGAAUUUUUAUUUUUCGUCGGACUUCUUUUCGGGCGUUUAAUCGAUGUUCUGAUGGAUUAUGGUUGUUUCCUAUUCAGCACUCGAAUCACUACUCGAACAAAGAAACAAUCCGAUCGAUUUCAUUUGAUAUCAAUCAAAUUUUGUAUACUUAUUCGUUUAAUUCUGUUAGCUAUUCUAUGUUCAACGUUAAGUUUUUCCAAUUUAUUUCAAGAAAAUUCUUCGAAUCCACCGAUACAUAUGUUCUACUUCGUCUUCUUCCUCGUCGGUGUAUUGAUUGCGUCCAUACCGAUAUUAAUCUUAGUUUGGAUCGAACGUGAUUUAAGCCUUAACGAAUCCUUAGUUCAAAUGAUCUUCAUUGCGAUUACAAUCAGUGAAAUCAUCUUCCCAUCGUUUCUCUUUCACAUUAUCAAAAGCAACGUUCGAUCGUAUUUAUUUUAUUUAUUUCUUGGUUCAUCUGUAUUGUUGAUCUUGUUUGUAUUUAUUCUAUUCAUAAGUAAACAAUGGCAAAGAAAGAAAUUAUAUCGAAUAUUGCCGACAAGUUUAGCUAUGGAUGAAAUCGACAUUGAGAAUCAUUCGGAUGGUGGCGAAGUCGACGGCGAAGAAGAAGAACAACACUACCACCAGCAACCAAACGAGAAUUAUGUACGAAACGGCCGAAUGAAUUACAAUGAAUCAAAAUUUGCAUUUGAUAAUGAACGAGCAAAGGGAUUAAAAGGACAUUGA